UCCGUGCCAGUCAGGAUCAGCGGGACGACGGCCGAGAUACCGCGAUAUUUGGGGGCUGCACCGAGUCGCGCCUGGCGCGGAUCCCGGGUCCUGGCGGAGCGCUAUGGAGCUCAGGCCUGGCGUGAUCGCAGAGCGCGAAGCCUCCGGACCCCACAUGGAACCGAGCGCCUCGUGUCCUGCUCCUGCACUCUCGGCCGGGAAGACGUUCCGCGUCCUCGUAGGGGUCACUGGGAGUGUCGCAGCCCUGAAGUUGCCUCUUCUGGUGUCCAGGCUUUUGGACAUUCCCGGGCUAGAAGUCGCCGUGGUCACCACUGAGAGAGCCAAGCAUUUCUACAGCCCCCAGGACAUCCCCGUCACCCUGUACAGCGACGCCGACGAGUGGGAGAUGUGGAAGUGCCGCUCGGACCCAGUUCUCCACAUUGACCUGCGACGGUGGGCAGACCUCAUGCUCGUGGCCCCGCUGGAUGCCAACACCCUGGGGAAGGUGGCCAGCGGCAUCUGCGACAACCUGCUUACCUGCAUCAUCCGGGCCUGGGACUGCAGCAAACCCCUGCUCUUCUGCCCAGCCAUGAACACCGCCAUGUGGGAGCACCCGGUGACCGCGCAGCAGGUGGGCCUGCUCAAGGCCUUCGGCUACAUCGAGAUCCCCUGCGUGUCCAAGGUGCUCGUGUGCGGAGACCAAGGUCUGGGGGCCAUGGCUGAGGUGGCGACCAUUGUGGACAGAGUGAAAGAAGCCCUCUCGCAGCGUGGUGCCUUACAGCAGAGUUGAGCGGAGACUUGUGCCCUGCGGGGCCAUCUGCAUUCAGCGUUUCCAGCCAGCCGGUGACGAUGGUGGACGUCAGUAAAACACGGGAAAUUUACCCAGUGGGGGCCCAGCCUGGGCCUGCUCUGGAGCCUCCCGAGGGCCCGGCCUGCUCCAGGUUGAACUGCACCCAGGGCCUGUCCCACCUUCUUCCUACCAGGAGAUCCUCGCUGUCUGGAGCCCCUCCCCACCUGUGGCUUACAAGCCAGCGGAGCGCCAUGUUCGCAGGAGGAGGAUGGGGUGCUGAGAAACCUCUCUCUUGCCCAGGAACUGCUUUCAGGAAGGACACAGCUGGUGCCCAGUGGGGUGCCCAAGUGCCAAGGGUCAGGGAUGCCUGAGGCUUCCUGCAAACCAUGCUAUGAGAUUGGGGGUGCUUUGAAAUAAAGACCAGUGGCUAUUCGGAGACUCCAGCCUUCCUUUCCAACCCAUCUGUGUCGGUAAGGAUCAGGGCAUUGCUAGGUGAGUCUGGGGACCUGGCGGUGGCCAGUGCCCACACAGCGUGACAGUUCGGGAUCAAGUACCUAAAGCCACAUGGCCCUCGCCAAGUCGCAGCUCAGCCUCAGCUCGGGACGUGGCCUUCCAGGCCAUCACUCACCUCGUCCACAUGCCCUCAGAGUAAGAGGCGUAAAUGAGAUCACACGUGCAAAGUACCCACCCUUCCAUGUGCCCGUAACGUCGUGAAUGUCCAAUAAAUGGAAGUCAAAGCUCUGUGUGUAAA